AAUCCGACAGAAGAUGACAGUUUAUGUGCUUUUCCGGAACUUAAUCAAGAUAACACCUUUUUUGGCAGUCCAUUGAUCGUUAUUUUUACGUCUACUGAAGGAUGUCUGUUAUCGGGUCAAGUCCAGCAAGGAUCAAAUCUCGCAUACGAUAUGCUGAUUAGCUCGAGACUUAAUGUUAUAUACAAAACUCUUAUACAUGCUCUAGAUCAGGAUUGUUGCGCUACACUGUCUUCCAUGUCGAACUUUGGCGCACUGAUCAUCGCUGUAAUCUCAAUGGAUUUGAAUUUCAAUACUUCUUUAGGAGGAGGAGGGCUAGACAGAUCUCCAAGCGCAAUUUAUGGUUGCAACUCCUCAUCCUUGUAAGCUCCCGAUCUACCUGACCUGAUCCAGCAUUCGAACUAAAAGCACAGAUCAAGCACUGUUUCACACGAUCCGUAGCACAGUUCUACUGCAAAGCGAUUUUCAUUAUUUUCCAGCUUCAACCUCCUCUCACGCGGGUGUGCGCUUUUCCUCGUCGGGAUAAAAUUACUAAAUGUAAACUUUGCAUGCAAUUAUGUCGCUGUAUGGUAAGCAAAUAAAAAUCUGUCCUAUUGCAACACGUCGCUUGUUUGCAGCGGAUAUUUGCCCACAGUAAAGCCUGAUCGCCUGUGCAUUGUAUUUAACACGUGCUGCAAGCUGUAUCAAUACCGAUCGAUUGUAUGAUUCCACGAUCUCUGUGUGGUAUAAAAACGGCGCUGAACAGCAAUAAAGAUCAUCACUUACAUUUGUUUUAUUCUCCACGGAGUCAGUGAAAUAACACCACAAACAUAAACGAUGAAGUUUCUACUGCUUGUGACCAGUGUAUUAUGCCUUGCGCUAAUCGUAUCCGCCCGUCCGGCUGACGACACUUCCGAUCAAGAAUCAUCUACUGAGCUAAGCGAAGACGCUGGGGCAGAGGAGGGUGCAGAGGAUGCUGGGUCGGAUGCGGAAACCGAUGCCGGUGCAGCUGACGGUGAAGAAGGAGCAACGGACACAGAGUCAGGGGCGGAGGGUGAUGAUAGUGAAAUGGACUCCGCUAUGAAAGAAGGCGAAGAAGGUGCAGGUAGCGAUGAUGCAGUGAGUGGAGCCGACGAUGAAACCGACGAGUCAAAGGAUGACACAGAAGAGGGCAGCGAAGAAGGUGGCGAAGAGGGUGGCGAUGGCGAGAGUGGUGGUGAAGGAGGUGAAAAAGAGUCCCCCCGUAACACGUACCGUCAGGUGCACAAGCUGCUGAAAAAGAUCAUGAAGGUUGACACCAAGGACAAGUACCUGAAGUCGUUCGUUGUGGGCCGUCUGCAAGAACGGUUGAUGAACCCUACCAUCGAUCUGGUCAGCACUAUCGAAAAGUAUUCCAAGAUUAAGGAGUGCUUCAGCUCACUGGACAAGGACGUAUCAGCCAUGGUAAAGGAGUCCGAAAAGUCGUACGAAGAGUGUAGCAAGGAUAAGACCAACACUAGCUGCGGCACGGAAGGCACCCGGGAGCUGGACGAUGGACUCAUCGAGCGGGAGCAGGAACUGUCCGACUGUAUCGUUGAUAAGCGCGAUGCAGAGUAGGAAACACACCGUUAACGACACAAACGCGCGGCGUUGUCCCUUGGAAUCUUGCAACAAAUAAAUGCAUCAUAUAAA